UGGCCAACUAUAAAACCCAGUCAUCGAUUGUAAACCAAACAUAAUUCAGUUCGUGGUCUCAGCCGGAGAAGAAGCAAAUCGCAGAAACAAUUCCCUCAAAAUGCAGCAGCAAAUGUUGGUGAUUCUGUCGCUGGGUUUGAUGGUGGCCUGCACCGGCGCACUGCCAGCCGUGGGUCCUGCGCUGUUUCCCGCAGCAUCGGCAGCGCCCUUCGGCGUGUUUCCUGGCUCUGCCGCUGCUCCAUUUGCUGCCUAUACAAAUGGACAGUUUGGUGUGCCUUUUGGUGCCUUUGCUGGUGCUCCCUUUGGUGCUGCUGCUCCUUUGGCUGUCUCUAGCAGUCAGCGUUUGGAUUACUUCAAUCAGUUCAAUGCCGCCUUUGGUCCGCCAGCUGCCGGACGUCUGCUGGCCGCUGGUCCAGCAGGAGUUGCUCCAUUUCCAGCUGGCCGAUUGAUUCAACCCGCACGUUUAAUUGCUCCUGGUUCAUUUUUCUUUUAA